GUUGUCUGGGUAAAAGUUUGCAUAGUUGCAUCCACACAACACAUAACACAUAGACAUCCUUUUCGGGGUUUCACAUUCAUAACCCCCUGCCUCUCACACUGUCCCUCUCACCAUUCACUUUGAGUUUGACCCGUUGCCAGCCACCGCCACCAUCCACUCUCCACCAUCUUCAUCUUCCAAACCUUAAAUAACCAACUCCUUUCCCCUUUUUCCAUUUCCAAAACCCUAAUUCUCUCUCCUUCACACUCACACUGCCAGAUCUACAUCAUCUCCCUAUGCCUUUUUUUCUCUUCUUUUUAUACAACACAAUAACCCUUUUCCCCCGACUGAAAGACAACCAACAAAAGAUUUCCUUCCAUUGUUGCAGUGCAGAUCAGGGAUUCCAUCCAAAGAUACGCUUCUUCCCUUUUUCAAAAACCCUUUCUUAUUACCCACUCUCUCACACUCAUUCAUUCAUUCAAAAACCUCUCUCCUUUUCUUUCCCCUUUCUUUCUCUUUCUUCACCGCUUUUUGCUUAAUUUCCAAGCUAUGGAUUCUGGCAACAGUGGAAGUAUCUCUUCAAGUGGCGAUGAAGAAUACGAUUCACGACCUCAUCACACACUCCUCCCUCCAACCUUCCUCACCAAUAAUCACCCCUCCCAAUUUCUUUCUUCUUCUUCUUCUUCUCAUUACCAACACCACCCUCACCCUUCUUUGUUCGAUCUCUCUUCAACCUACCUCCACGCCCUCUCUCAACCAAACUCCUCCUUCCUACACUUGGACACCGCCACCUCAUCCUCCUCCCACCCCCCGAGAUCUCAACCCGAUUGCACCCACCCUUCAGGAGUUAACGUUGCCUCCUCACCCCAAACCACAACAAACAUAAGCCAAUGCUUGUUGGGUCCUCAGGUUGGCCUCGCCUCCGACAAUGCCAGAUCGCAGGAGCCAAUCUCGCUUGAACCCGGUAGAACGGUUAACAACGUUGGACGUAACUCCAAGAAGCGAACCAGAGCUUCCAGGAGAGCACCUACCACUGUUCUCACCACGGACACUUCUAAUUUCAGAGCCAUGGUUCAAGAGUUCACUGGAAUCCCUGCACCACCCUUUUCGGCUUCUUCCUCCUACUCUCGGAGGCUCGAUCUUCUCACUGGCUCCUCCUCCCUCAGAACCACCUCUCACUUAGACGCAACCACGGGUCCUUUCUACCCUUUGCGUCCUUCGCCACAAAAGGUAAAUCAUCAUCAUCAUCAUCAUCAUCAUCAAAACCCAUUGCUUUUAUCUUCCUCAUCAUCGCCCUAUAAUAACAUGGUUGAUGCUAUAACUCCCACCACCACCACCACCAACAAUUCUUCAUCUAACAACAACAACAACACCACCACCAUCAACUACCAACAACAACUUCCUCCUGAUUUGGGUAUACCCUAUCAUCAUAACCCACAAAACAUCAUGCUCAGCAUGCAGAACCACCCCAACCUUGCAUUCAACCCUCCCCCACCCCCUCUUCACCCUUUUGGCCAGGCAGGGUUUAGUGCAAAGUUACCAUCCAUUGAGGAUCUGGGUAUGAGCCAUGGUCAGGUUAAUAAUAAUGCAAAUUUUGUCUCAAGUGGGAUAUCGGUGCCACUGAGGAGUGUUAACGUCGAUGGAGGAGGAACAAGAGAUGUUUCGUUAAGGUCAUUGGAUGGUGGUGGUAGCUGCAAGUUGAACUUCGCUGUGGCUUCUGCGUCCACUAGCUUGAACCGUGAGAAUAGCACCUUACCAAAUAACAACAACAAUAAUAACCCUACAACUAGAGGGGAAGGUACCGUGGAUUCCUGGAUUUGUUCUUCUGAUUAGACUAAACCCGGUACAGAAACUUGUUAUCAUUACAUGGUAGAAUAUGAUGCUGCAAUGAAUUAAGAUCGUGAUCAUGAUGAUGUUGAUGAUAGUGGGUGUUGGUGGUUAGAAUUUGCAGCUAACAUCUUUCUUCUUUUCUUUUCCUCACCUUUCCUUUUUCUUUCCUUUCUUCUUUUUUUUUUCUCUCCCUUUUGUUUAAAUAUGUUGAUAUUGUCAAAAAAUUCUGUAGCCACCGUUAUGAGAUUAAUUUAAUCAUGUAUGAU